UUGUUAUCGGAAACAGGAUCAUCUCUCAUAAAUAUAUUAACCUACAUUGCCUCUUAACCACACUCACUAAACAACACAACAGCCACUCAUUUUAUCAAACUAAUUCAAAACCACUGUAAAUCUUCCAAUUUUGUCUCCUACAUUGCACAAAAAAAAUAUCAAACUGCUGUAAACUUGUUAGAAAAAAUAAAAGAAAAGAAAAUUGUGCAGAUCAGAGAUGGAUGACAAUACAUUGGUUAAGAUCCCCGAAGUUAUUCUUAGCUCUAGCGGCCCAAGAAUGCCACUACUGGGCAUGGGAACAGCAGCUUCUCCUCUAGUAGGUUCUGAUGAAAUUAAAGCAGCGAUUCUCCAAGCAAUCGAGCUUGGUUAUCGACAUUUUGACACAGCCACAUUGUAUUUGACAGAGGAGCCUCUAGGCGAAGCCAUUGCUGAAGCAUUGACUCGUGGCUUGAUCAAAUCGAGAGAGGAGCUUUUCAUCACUUCCAAGCUAUGGUGCAGCGAUGCUCAUAGUGAUCUUGUUAGUCCUGCGAUUCAAAAGAGUCUCCGUGCUCUUCAGUUGGAGUAUCUUGAUCUUUAUCUGAUCCAUUGGCCCGUAAGCUCAAGACCGGGGAUCUAUGAGUUCCCAAUAAAGAAAGAAGAUCUUUUAGCAAUGGAUUUUAAAGGUGUAUGGGCAGCAAUGGAAGAGUGCCAGAAACUUGGUCUUGCUAAAUCUAUUGGUGUGAGCAAUUUCUCCUGUAAAAAGCUAUCGGAUCUUCUUGAGAUAGCAGAGAUUCCUCCAGCAAUUAAUCAAGUAGAGAUAAAUCCACUAUGGCAACAAAAGAAACAAAUGGAAUUCUGCAAGGCCCAUGGGAUUGUUUUAACAGGUUAUGCUACUCUAGGAGGAACCAUCAAGGGCAGCAACGGGGUUAUGGAGAAUGAAGUGCUCAAGGAGAUUGCAAAUGCCAAAGGAAAGAGUGUUGCUCAGAUCUGUCUGAGAUGGGCGUAUGAACAAGGAGUUUGUAUAAUUGUGAAGAGCUUCCACGAAGAAAGAAUGAAAGAGAACCUUGACAUAUUCAACUGGACGUUGAGCGAGGAAGAAUCCAAGAAAAUUAGUGAGAUUCCUCAGAGCAAAGGAUCCAGUGGAGAAGAUUACAUCUCAGAUAAAGGCCCUUUCAAGACACUUGAGGAACUUUGGGAUGGAGAAAUUUGAUAUUUUAUAGUUUCUUUCUUUUUUUUUUUUUUUUUUUUGAGAAAUGAAU